CCCCCCCCCCACACACACACACACAACACAAACACUGUAAAGUGAGCAUAAAGGUGACGCGGUGCACUCUGUGUUGGCUUUACCAGGAUCAGCUGUCCUCCUGCUCCGCGGGCUGUGAUUGGACGGAUCAGGUGCAGCAGAUGAAACCUGAGCAUGUGAUGUCGCCACCCCAGGGAGCUACGCCCAUCUUCCUGUCUUUUUCCAGUUUCUGUUGAUGUAUGACAGAAAUGGCAGCGACAACUAUUUCCGUUGAACAGGACCAGUUUUCUUGCUCCGUGUGUCUGGAGGUUUUGAGAGACCCGGUGACCAUCCCCUGUGGACACAGCUACUGUCUGGACUGUAUCGAGGACUACUGGAACAGAGUCAAGCAGAAGAGCCAGUACAGCUGCCCUCAGUGCCGGCAGGUGUUCAACCCAAAGCCUCUGCUGAGCAGGAACACGGUGCUGGGUGAAGUGGUGGAGAAGUUCCAGCAGACCGGAUCUCAAGGUGCUGUCCAGCACUUGACCAACCCCACAGAGGUGAAGUGCAGCAUCUGCAAAGGGAGACAGAGCAAAGCCGUGAAAUCCUGCCUGGUAUGUUUGGACUCGUACUGUGCGUCUCAUCUAAAAGUCCACGAAGAGCGCCACCACGGGAAGACUCACAGACUGAUACCUGCCACGGACGAGCUGAGAGCGAGGCUGUGUCCGCAGCACGACAAGGUCGUGAGGCUGUACUGUCGCACCGAUCAGCUGAGUGUGUGUUCUCAGUGUGUGAGAGAAAGACACAUGGGCCACGACUGCGUGUCCGUGGCACACGAGAGGACAGAACAACAGAAAAAACUCAGAGAAUCAUCGAUGAAGUCUUUGCAGAAACUGAAUGACACUGAGAAGGAACUCCGGUAUAUAAUCAAAUACAUAAAGCACUCCACAGAAGCAGCAGUGGAGGAGAGCGAAAGGAUUUUCUCCAGGUUGAUCCGCUCCAUCGAGAAACAAAGCUGCGAGGUGAAGGAGCUGAUCCGAGUCCAGGAGCGGGCGGCUGUCAGUCAGGCCGAGGAGCUGCUGGAGAAGGUGCAGAGGGAGACAGCUGAGCUGAAAAGAAGUGAGGAGGAGCUGGAGAAACUGUGUCACACUGAGGAUCACCUGCACUUUCUCCAGGUAUGAAACCAAAUCUGACACCAAAUCAGCUCCAUAUCUUUACCAGAAGCUGAUACAAUUCCAUAUCUGAUGUACAGAACCAUCAAGAACAACCUGGCUGAUCUGAAGGACAACGUGGACGAAACACUUCAAAAGGAAUUCAGCAGAAUAUCAGAAAAGGUGGUUUCACUAAAGGAGAGCAGUACCGAUGGAAAGAAGCAAGUUAAUCCCAGCAUUUCUGAGAAGACUAAAGCAGCAAAACGAACACAGGUUGAGGUACCAUUCAACCUAGAACCAAAGACCAGAGCUGACUUUCUUUACUAUUACAACGACAUAGGCUUCGAUCAGAAUACAGCCAAUCCUUAUCUGAGCUUCUCCAACGGUCAGCGAGAGGUGACCACGCAUUUAGAGCCUCAGCCUUACCCAGAUCACCCAGACCGCUUCACCAGCUGGGCUCAGGUUCUGUGCCGGGCUGGGAUGGCCGGACGCUGUUACUGGGAGGUGGAGUGGAGCGGUAAAGGAGGAGUUUCCAUCGGCGUGUGCUACAAGAAUAUCAGCCGGAACAGAGGAGGCAGUGACAGCAAAAUCGGACACAACACCAAAUCCUGGAGUCUGGACUGCUCUCACUCGAUCUGUUCAUUUCAGCACAACAAGGAGAGUGUGAGCAUCGCAACCCCGAGCAGCAAUAGGAUUGGUGUUUAUCUGGACUUCAGAGGAGGGGCGUUGUCUUUCUACAGUGUUUCCGACACCAUGGUUUUACUGCAGAAGAUCAAGACCACGUUCAACCAGCCUGUGUACCCGGGGUUUUGGGUGGGAUUGGGUUCGACCCUGAAGCUGCGUUCUCUUUAG